AUUGACUACUGUCUUGGUCUACUAUCUACUAUCUACUGUCUACGUUGGGUUGUUGUUUACUCACAUACAUACAACCUACCACACAAUCAAACUUUCCAUCCACACAUCCAUACAAACUCAACUCAACCUUCAACCCCUGAACCCAAUCCACUCACACCACACCACGACCACAACACCCAACAAAAAUGAAACUCACCACCCUCCUCCCCCUCCUUCCCCUCACCCUCGCCUCCCCCGACCUCAUAACCUCCCUCGUGGGUGACGCCACAUCCCUCGCCACCGCCAUCGCGACCGCCGGCGGCGCCGCCUACAGCGACCUCACCUCGGACGCCGGCGCGGCCGCCUCAGACGCCCAAUCAUGGGGUACAUCUGUAGCCUCAGACGUGCGGUCCGCGGCCACGAACGCGGCAUCGGAUAUUCGCUCGGAUGCGUCGGAUGCAGCGUCGUGGGGGACGUCCGUGGCGUCGGAUGUGAGGAGUGAGGCGUCGAGUGUGGCGUCGGAUGUUAGGUCCAGGGCGUCGGAUGUGCGGAGUGAGGUUACUUCCAGGUGGGAGAGUUUGACGACCUUGACGGGGUCGGGGGGCUCCGCGACGGCGACGGAGACGGUUAGUGGGGUUACCACUGAGACCACGGGGAGUGGGACGGGGACGGGGUCAAGGGCGAGUGCGACGGGGAGUGCGGCGAGUAGUACGUCGGAGGGGGCGGGGGCGAGGGCUACGGGGGGGGUGAUGGGGUUGGGGUUGGGGGCUGCGGGGGUCGCGGGUGUGUUGGGGGUUAUGGUUGCUUUGUAGGGUGGGUUGUUUGACUGUUUAUUUGAAGAGGGGGGAGGGAUGGUGAUAAAUGAU